UGUUCGUUGAAUUGGCAAGAUCUGCUCUGUCACUCUCUCUCUCUCAUCCCAAACUCCUCAAACUGAAUCUAGAAAUCUUUCCUUUUGUGUUUUCAAAUUUUGUGUUUGAGAAGUGGACCUUAAUGGACUCAAUCGUGAGGAGACUGUAAGUAUCUGAGAUCUGACAAGCUUCGCAUUGCAGGUGAUUUGAUUGGCAACCACAAUUGAAAUUUUGGGAUCAUUGAGGAGUGAUAGGAGGAUGGCGAAAGGAGGUUGGUUUUCAUCAGUCAAGAAGGCUCUAUGCCUGCGUUCCAAGAGAUCAAGCAAAUCGAAGAAGAUAUUAAUUGUGAAUGAACUGCCAUCAGUUUCUGAUGUACCAAAUCCGGAGCCUUUUGAGGCUCCUAAUUCUCAUCCUCCUCCACAACUGAUAAACAUGAGGCCAACAGAGGUGGAGAAUGAGCAGACAAAGCAUGCUCACUCCAUUGCAGUUUCUGCAGCUAUAGCUUCUGAAGAGGAAAUAGCUUCUGAGGAGGCUACUCCAGAGGUUGUUCCACUGCCAACAGUGACUCGAGUUUCUGAAAAACACCAGGAGGAAGUUGCAGCACUCAAAAUUCAGACAGCAUUCCGUGGUUACCUGGCGAGGAGGGCAUUACGAGCUUUGAGAGGGUUAGUCAGACUGAAGUCACUUGUUGACGGGCCAGCAGCAGAAAGCCAGACAUCAAACACUCUGAAAUGUUUGCAGACUCUAUCUCACUUGCAAUCUCAGAUCCAAUCAAGAAGAACCAUAAUGUUGGAUGAAAGCAGGGCAAUGCAGAGACAGCUCUUGCAGAGACGUGUAAAAGAGCUGGAUAGCUUGAAAAUGACGGAGGAAUGGGAUGAUAGUCCACAAACGAAAGAGGAAACUGAGGCGAGCCUGCUCCAAAAAUACGAAGCAGCAAUGAGACGCGAAAGAGCUCUUGCUUAUUCUUACACUCACCAGCAAACGUGGAAGAAAUCAUCAAAAUUGAACAACUUAUUGUUCAUGGACCCAACAAAUCCUCACUGGGGCUGGAGCUGGCUGGAACGAUGGAUGGCUGCUACUCCUCUUGAUAUGAAAAGCACAGCAGGGAAAGAUCUCAACAGUGAUCGUUCAUCCAUCAAAGGCUCCACCACUGUCACUGCUGCAGGAGAAAUCACAAAGGCCUUCGCCCGCCAUCAGCUAAACUCAGAUAAUCCAUCUCCAGCAGCUAGUCAGAAGCCAUCUCAAACCCACCUUCCCUCUCCGAGGGCUGCACCUUCUUUGGCUGCACGAAAACUGAGAAACGCCAGCCCAAAGGUGAGCAUGAUGAGCCAAGAUGAUGACUCGGGGAGUGUGUUCAGCGUUCAAUCAGAGAGGAACAGGAGGAGGCAUAGCAUAGCCGGUUCAGUUAGAGACGACGAGAGCUUGGAUAGCUCUCCAUCCAUUCCGAGUUACAUGACACCAACUCGCUCUGCGAAGGCCAGGUUGAAGUCUCAAAGUCCAUCGGGGAUGGAAAAUGGCAGCAUGGUGGAGAAAGAAACAACUGCUUUUCCUAAGAAACGGCUUUCUUUUCCACCUUCCCCGGGCCGGGCUAGGCGACAUUCGGGCCCUCCAAAGGUCGACACAAGCACCUUAGUGAACUAUAAUGCCAAUGGAGGAUGAGUUUAACUGAUCACUUUAAAGGAUGCUAUGGCAAAGCUGAAAUACCAGAUUUUAGCAAAUUUAUUUGAUUAUUGAUGCUGCAUUGAUAUUAAAUUGUUGUUUAUUUAUUGUAUUUGAGGACUUGAUCUAGAAUCCAGUCUUCAACAAAUUUAUUUUGUGUUAUACUAUUGUUAGGUUUGUCUCGUUUGGGAGCCACAAAGGAUUACAAAAAAAUUAGGAAUAUGUGUUAUAUUAAAAUUUUAUUCUAUUUAAUGUAUAAUUGCAUUAUACAUGUGAUAUUGUAUUAAUGGUGGUGCUGCCUUUUUCUA